CUCAACUUGGAAUUUAUUAUUUUUAUUUCCAAAUCGCACAAAAAACUCACCAUCAUCAACCAGAACUCAAUUUUAUCUCUUGCGACAACCUAAAGAAAAGGAAUAAAAUCAAAAUAAAUACAAAACUGCAAAUAUGGCAUCAAAGAACAGAGAUUGGGCCGAUGAUGACGAAGGCGACGAGCUCAUCACCGAGCUACCUCCCCCACAAACCAUCCACAACAAGGAUGGAACCAAGACCACCAUCACUUACAGAUAUAACGAGAAUGGUCAAAAGGUCAAGACGACCCGACGCAUCCGCCUGGUGACGCACCGCGAGGUAGUUAACCCCCGCGUAGCUGAGCGCAAGAACUGGAAGAAAUUUGGACUAUCGGAGAAGGACGGCGCUGGCCCACAGAUGGACACAACAUCGGUCGCCGAGAACAUCAUCUUCCGCCUCAGCACCAACUGGCGCAAGGACACCAAGGACGAGGACAAGGACCCUAACGCCAACGCCAUGAAGGAGCAGCUCAAGGACAAGACCGUCAAGUGUCGUAUCUGUAACGGCGAGCAUUUCACUGCCCGCUGUCCUUACAAGGACACCAUGGCGCCUAUCAACGCCGAGGGCACUGGCGAUGUUGCGGCUGGCAUGGGCGAUGAGGCUGGCGCGGCUGCUGUGGGUACGGCCGGUGCGGGCAAGAAGGGCAGUUAUGUCCCUCCUGCGCUCCGAGGAGACCGUGGCGCUGCUGGUGGCGGCGAGAGGAUGGGUGGCAGCAAGUAUGGAGAGCGCGACGACCUUGCAACUCUCCGUGUUACCAACGUAUCCGAAAUGGCAGAGGAAGGCGAACUCCGAGAUAUGUUCGAGCGCUUCGGCCGCGUUACUCGUGUGUUCUUGGCCAAGGACCGUGAAACUGGCCUCGCCAAGGGCUUUGCCUUCAUCAGCUUCGCAGACAGAACCGACGCAGUCAAGGCGUGCAGCAAGAUGGACGGUUACGGUUUCAAGCAUCUCAUUCUUCGCGUCGAGUUUGCCAAGAAGGCUGCUUAGAAAGCUAUCAGGUACCUUGGGUAGUUUAUGGAAUCAUGGAGUCGUGGGUUCGUGGCUGGAUGGCAGCCUACUGUUUAAGUAGAUACCUACCCAGCAUGUAUAAUGGACUCGUAACGAAAGGGAUGGCAUGGCAUGGUAUAACAUGGGUAUGACAGAAUAAAAUCUUACGGGCAUGUUACUAGAGGAAUAUGCGUCAAAACCAAGGGGGGGUAAACUUGUAGCGACGAUGGUCUAGCGUGCUAUAAGCCAGCCCAUUUCAGGUAAAUGCAUUUCUUCCUUUUCCUUUACAAAGAGGAAUAUGUAUAUCAUGUGCUACUUCUGCGAUUCUCAUCGUGAUAUGUUUACGAAGCUUGCGGCCAAAAGUACG